AUGCCGGCGGCGCAGGGCUUCUGCGUGUUGCUCAUCCUCUUGGGUCUUAUCGUCUUCUUCCUCUGGCUUGUUCUCCGCCCCUUGGAGCCCACCUACACCGUUAUCGAGUUCUCGGUGAACGGCGGCGCCGCCAAUCCCAACGCAACGACGCUGCGGCUCCACACGGUCAACGAGGCGGCGUCUCAUUACGUGGGGGAGCAGAGAGAGGCCGCCGCCGCCGUGACGAAGGUAAGGGAGCAGGUGUGGCUAUGGCGGAGCGGUGGUUGUGGGGUUGACCUGGAGGCGGUGGCGAUCGAAGGGGGCGUCGACGGACGGUACAAGAAGAAGGGGAAGUUGCACCGGGUUUACCGGAGAUGGCGACUGCGCUUCUGA